AUGGCUCUGUCUCACCCUCAUGGCUCUGUCUCACCCUCACGCUUCUGUCUCACCCUCACAGCUCUUUCUCACCCUCACGGCCCAGUCUCACCCUCACACUUCUGUCUCACCCACAUGGCUCUGUCUCACCCUCAUGACUCUGUCUCACCCUCACAGUUCUGUCUCACCCUGACGGCCCUGUCUCACCCUCAUGACUCUGUCUCACCCUCAUGGCCCUGUCUCACCCUCAUGACUCUGUCUCACCCUCAUGGCUCUGUCUCACCCUCAUGA